AUGCAAGGCCGCGGGUGUCAGCCCAUGGGCCGGCCGGCAGAUUACGUCCCUUCCCUCCGCGCCGCCGCCCUCCUUCCUCCUCACAACAAAGCACCUCCUCCUCAUGCCACCACCAACACCAGCAACAGCCAACAACGUGUUGGUGGUAGUGGUGGUGGUGGUGGUGGUGGUGCUGCUGCUGCUGCUGCUGCUGCUGCUGUUGCUGCUGCUGCUGCUGCUGCUGGUGGUGGUAGAGGUGGUGCCGCCUCUUCCUUUCUCACCAGCCAAUGGGAGGCACGAAAGCUCAGCCUCGUUGGUGCUGAUCCUGACACGCUGCAGUGCGAUCUGAGCCGUCGGUCGGCCGGAGCUGCGCGCGAUCAUGCGGGAGGCAGCGAUGGGGGUUUGGAGGCACUGUGGCGGGACAUGGUGAGCGACGCUCCCGCACGCACUCGCGGGGAUGCACGUCCACAAGCAUGUGUACAUGGCCAUGCUGCUGAGGGGACUGGCGCUGGGAGCCGAUUGGCUGCUGUUGGUCGAAGCCCCGCGUGCCGAGGCGGUGGUGAUUAUCCUGAUAGGGGUGAGAAAGGCGGUGGUAGUGGUGAUGAAGGUGCGAGAGACAGAUGUUGUAGGGACGACAGAGGAGAUAGAGGAGGAAGAGAUGGAUGGGGUGGGUCGGCGAAGGGUGUAAUGAAUGCAAAGGCAGCAGCAGAAAGGCCGUUGGGUAAAGUCGAGGUGCAGGGCAGAGCAAUGCGAGGGAGGGAGGGUGGAGGGAGAGAGAGUGGAGGGAGAGAGAGUGGAGGGAGAGAGGGUGGAGGGAGAGAGGGUGGAGGGAGAGAGGGUGGAGGGAGAGAGGGUGGAGGGAGGGACGCUCAUGGGAGAUGCGGCAGACAGGGAGAGGUGCAACAGGCCAGGGAUGAGCCCGAGGCACAGGCGCGUGGUGGAAUGACGGAACCUGUUUCUGAGAAGCCUCGGAAAGAGCAGGAGGAGGAGGGUAGCAAGCGUGGGGCAGAAGUUGAGUCCCUGGGCAGGAAGCGCGAUAGGGUUACCGGUGGAGGUGGGUCAGAACGGCCACAUGUGUGUGAUUCGACGGGUGAGGCUCUACUGGAUAGAGCUUCGUUGAGGGAUGCUGCUCGAGGGGAUGUGAUGGCAGGAGCGUCAUUUGGGGGGCAGAGGCAAUCGCAGGGAAUGGGGGUUGGAAGGAGUAGAGGAGAAGUGGACGACGGAGGCGGUGAGGGAAGCGGUGGAAGAGGGAUGGGUAGGAGAGGGGGUGCUGUACGAGGAGGCGUUGUGAGAGGGGGUUUAGUGAGAGGGGUUGGGGAGAGACGGGAUGGGGAGAGAGACGGUAGUGGAAAGGACCCUUUUACGAGGAGCGGGGAGGAGAGUGGGGUGCAAGUGGCGAGCAGGCGUGGUGUGAGUGGGCGCGUGCAGAGCGGCGGGCUGUUGGAGAUGUUUGGCGUGGCGGAGGUGGUGCCCUCCUCCAGCGCUGAGGCUUCUGAGGAUGGGAGCAGCGAGGAGGAUGGAGAGGAGGAUGUGGUGGAGAACCGCAGGAGGGCAGCGGCGCUGCUGGCAGCAGCGCAGAGGAAGUGGCUGGCGGAGUGCCAGCAGCAGUUUGAGGCGUUUGUGUUUCCGCCGAUGGGCACGGACAGCGUGAUGGUGCGGUGGGAGGAUGUGGAGCGGCUGAAGCCAGAGGAAUUCCUCAACGACACGCUCAUUGACUUCUUCCUCAGGCAUCUGAAGGUGCAGGCUAUGGAGCAGGGCCGCAUCGCAUGCUCCCUUGCUGCGCCCGACCAGGCACUGCCCCCACCACUGCCGCCAGCAUCAGCAGGUGCACCUGUUGCUGGAGGGAAGGCAGAUGGUGACAAGGCAGGUGGUGACAAGGCAGAUGGUGACAAGGCAGAUGGUGACAAGGCAGAUGGUGACAAGGCAGGUGGUGACAAGGCAGAUGGUGACAAGGCAGAUGGUGACAAGGCAGGUGGUGACAAGGCAGGUGGUGACAAGGCAGGUGGUGACAAGGCAGGUGGUGACAAGGCAGGUGGUGACAAGGCAGGUGGUGAGAAGCAGGCGGAUGGGGCAAGGCAGCCCCCUCCGUUGGUGCAUUUCUUCAACAGCUUUUUCUUUAAGAUGCUCAUCGGUGGGGAGAAGGACGACCCCUUCCUUCCUCCCACCCGCGCCUCUGCUGCUGCCGCCACCCGCGCCGCUGCUGAUGCUGUUGCUGCAGCGGCGGAGGCAGCGAAGGGGGGAAGUGGGGGGGAGGAGGGGAAGGCGGCGCACUGGCGGGUGCGCAAGUGGACCAAGGGGGUCAACCUCUUCGCCUGUGAUUUCGUCUUCAUCCCUGUCAACCUCAGCAUUCCUCUCAUUCACUGCAUCACCAUGCGACCCCACUCCCUCCCCUCCCUCCAGGUACCUCCACGAGGAGUUUCUCGUGCGCCACAGGGCGCUGAGCUGAGGUACCUCCAGGAGGAGUACCUCGUGCGCCACAAGGUGCCCCUCACACCAGCUCUCAGAAAGGCCUUCAUCCGCUUGCCUGUGUUUCGCCCCAAGUGUUCGCCUCACUGCUCGAGUAUUCGCCUCACUGCUCGAGUGUUCGCCUCACUGCUCGAAUAUUCGCCUCACUGCUCGAGUGUUCGCCUCACUGCUCGAGUAUUCGCCUCACUGCUCGAGUAUUUGCCUCACUGCUCGAGUGUUCGCCUCACUGCUCGAGUAUUCGCCUCACUGCUCGAGUAUUCGCCUCACUGCUCGAUCGCCUCACUGCUCGAGUGUUCGCCUCACUGCUCGAGUAUUCGCCUCACUGCUCGAGUGUUCGCCUCACUGCUCGGGUAUUCGCCUCACUGCUCGAGUGUUCGCCUCACUGCUCGAGUAUUCGCCUCACUGCUCGAGUAUUCGCCUCACUGCUCGAGUAUUCGCCUCACUGCUCGAGUAUUUGCCUCACUGCUCGAGUAUUCGCCUCACUGCUCGGGUAUUCGCCUCACUGCUCGAGUAUUCGCCUCACUGCUCGAUCGCCUCACUGCUCGAGUGUUCGCCUCACUGCUCGAGUAUUCGCCUCACUGCUCGAGUGUUCGCCUCACUGCUCGGGUAUUCGCCUCACUGCUCGAGUGUUCGCCUCACUGCUCGACUAUUCGCCUCACUGCUCGAGUAUUCGCCUCACUGCUCGAGUAUUCGCCUCACUGCUCGAGGAUUCGCCUCACUGCUCGAGUAUUCGCCCCACUGCUCGAGUAUUCGCCUCACUGCUCGAGUAUCCGCCUCACUGCUCGAGUAUUUGCCUCACUGCUCGAGUAUUCGCCUCACUGCUCGAGUAUUUGCCUCACUGCUCGAGUAUUCGCCUCACUGCUCGAGUAUUCGCCUCAAUGCUCGAGUAUUCGCCUCACUGCUCGAGUAUUUGCCUCACUGCUCGAGUAUUCGCCUCACUGCUCGAGUAUUCGCUACACUGCUCGAGUGUUCGCCUCACUGCUCGAGUAUUUGCCUCACUGCUCGAGUGUUCGCCUCACUGCUCGAGUAUUCGCCUCACUGCUCGAUCGCCUCACUGCUCGAGUAUUCGCCUCACUGCUCGAGUAUUCGCCUCACUGCUCGAGUGUUCGCCUCACUGCUCGAGUGUUCGCCUCACUGCUCGAGUGUCCUCUGUUCCCGGAGCAGCCGAAUCUUUGA